UAUGGCCACUUCCCCUCGCCAGUCGCCACGGAACCAACACGAAAUGCUCUGCCUCGCCGUGUUCCUCCUCCUCGCGCUCGCGCCACCACGCGUCGCCGCCGCGGUAGCGGCCACUGUUCUGGUGAGGGGCCCGGACGUUGAGGCGGCAUCGUGCCCGUACGACCUUGCGACGGCGGCCCAGAUGAUCCCGCGCGAGUGCCACGCGAACGCGACGGUAGCGCAGGGCGCCACAGGCUGCUGCUGGUACGUGUUCGCGGCAUACAUCUUCGCCGCGGCGGACCACGCCAACCGAACCGGCGAGGCCUUCCUCCCGCCCGAUACAGCCGCCGCAUGCUCCGACGCCUUCGCCGCCACGCUCCUCUCCGGCGGGCUCGUCUUGCGGUCGCUCCUCGCUGGCAACGGCUCCUGCGACCUCACCGGCGACCCGGACAAGCUCGCGGCGGGGUCGCAUCCGUGCCAGCUCGCCACCAUCGACGGUGUGCGUGCGCUGGCUCCGCGCGCUCUACCCAACGCCACGCGCCUCUGCGCCGCACCAGGGUCGACGCGCGCGCCAGGAGUCGGGCCGGACACCCCCGGCUGCUCCGAGUGCCGCGGCGCCGUGAUUGCCGCCACCUACGAGAUGCUGGCCAGCGCGCGCACCAAAGAGUUCGUGCCAUGCGGGAUGGCCACCACCGUCGCCGUCUGGUCGCGAGUACCCCCGCCGCUCGAGCGCUUCCGCGCCUACGCGCUCUGUAUGCUCCAGGUCCUUGAGAAUGUCAACAGCCUCGGUACCGGAGACCUCGUCCCCUCGCCGCCGCCGCCUGCCUUGGCUACCGAGUUGCCUCCGCCUCCUGCCGCGUCCAGGUCUUCCUCGAGAAAGAACACCGUCCCGAUCACCGCCGGCUCGGCGGCGGCAGGCGUCGUGGCCAUCCUUGGUAUCGCCUUCGCCGCCGUAGCCAUUGCAAGAAUCCGUCGCCGGCGUAGGCUGACUGCAGGGGACGAAGAGAGCGGUGACGAAGGAAGUGAUGACGACUCGGUGGCGACGCUUCCGCCGCUGCCGCGUGAGGGCUUGUACAUCUUCACCAAGGAGGAGCUGAUGCAGGCGACGAACGGGUACGACAAGAAGUUGCUGCUCGGCACCGGCGGAGCCGGGAAGGUGUACCUCGGGCACCUCCCGUCAGGGCAGCACGUGGCCAUCAAGAAGUUAUACAGGUCCAAGAAAGUUGCCGAGUUCUACGCGGAGGUGGCCGUGCUCGCCAAGCUGCGGCACCGCAAUCUCACCACGCUCGUCGGCUACUGCCUCGGCGGCCGCUGCGGGGACCACGCGCUCGUCUACGAGUACAUGGCCGGCGGCAACCUGUGGCGCGCGCUGUUCCAGGGAGACUUAUCGUGGCGCCGCCGGCUGGAGGUUGCGGUGGAUGUCGCCGAGGGGCUGGCGUACCUGCACGGGUUUUGCGAGGGCGCCGUGGUGCACCGCGACGUGAAGCCGACAAACGUGCUGCUGUCAGAGUCUGGCACGGCGAAGCUGUCGGACUUCGGGGUGUCGCGCAUCGUGCCGGAGGGCGGGACACAUGUGUCGACGGAGGUGCGCGGCACGCGCGGUUACGUGGACCCGGAGAGCUUCAGCGCUGGGCACGUGUCGGAGACCGCCGACGUGUACAGCUUCGGUGUCGUGCUGCUGGAGCUCACCACCGGGAUGCGCGCCGUGGUGCCGACGCCGUCGGGGGGCGCCGAGUCCAUCGUGCAGGCCGCGCACUGGGCCGCGGCGGAGGCCGGCGGCGAGGGAGCUGCCGCUGAGACCAUGGUGGACCGACGGCUGGGGACGUCGUGGGACAGGCCCACCGUGCGCGCUGUGUUCGCACUCGCGUGCCGGUGCGUGCGCCCGUACAAGCACGAGAGGCCGGCAAUCGCCGAGGUGCUCGCCGAGCUCAAGGCCAUCCUCGCCGACUACAACACGCGUGUCAGCGGCGACGGCGAUGGGUCGUCCCUGGACGCCGAGCGCUCGGAGGGCACAGCCUCGUCGUCCGCGGCGACGCUCGAGCCGGUGUCCUUGCCGCCGACGUUGUCAUCCACGGCCAACACCGAGGUGCUGUCCACGCCAUCACUCCGGGGCGUGGCGUAGCGUGGCUGACAGGACCCUGGUCGAACACCUGGCGGUAGGCCCAGUGGCUCCAAGCAGUACAGAGACGAACGUCAGUAUCAAAUAAUUCUUUUUAAGGCAAUUUCUCGACCAUUCGACUGUUCGGAAGUGAUUCAGUGGUUCUCUGAAUUGAUACCCAAGACAUUGUUUACAUGAAAGAAAGUAUAUUU